CUCUCCCUCAGUCGUUCGCGCGCGUCGUUUGUGAUAACUCGUCUGCGCGUUAUCCGCUGUUUGCCGCGUAUUAUGUUUACAAUAGUGUUGUUAUUGUUUUGGUUAUUAUAAAAAAUACAUAAUUUGAGUGCUUUGUGUUGUGUUACGAAGUGCAAUACAGAAUUGAAACAGUUUAAUAUUAAAUUGUGGAUCACAAGGAGCAGACAAGUACGGCAAGCACCGAGCUCAGCUCGGGUCAUGUGGUCAGCAGGCCAGGGGCGCGGCACGGCGUGAUGAGGCGCGCGUGCGACAACUUUGCCUGGCCGGUGGUGGCGUGCGCGCUGCUUAUGGCAUGCGCGCGCGCCGAUGCCGCAGGCGACAACAAACUACCCACGGGAAUAUGCUCGUCGAUGGAUAUACGGAACAAGCCGGAGAGCUUCGCGCAGCUGAAGGGCUGCCGAGUCAUCGAAGGCACGCUGAGUAUGGUGUUAAUGGAACGCGCCACGCCUAAGAUCUUCGAGAACAUGAGCUUUCCUGAACUGAGAGAGGUCACCGAUUAUAUAGUGAUGUAUAGGACGAAAGGUGUACAAAACUUGGGUGACCUUUUUCCCAACCUCACGGUGAUACGUGGAAUGCAACUCUUCAAGGAUUUCGCUCUCGUUAUAUUCGAUAAUGAGCACCUGGAAUCUGUGGGGCUUCGAUCUUUGGUGAAGAUUGAGAGGGGCGGAGUGCGGAUACAACAGAACGACAGGCUUUGUUAUGCCAACACUAUUGACUGGUCCCUGAUCACAUCGGAACAUGCUGUCAACAUCAUUAGGUUAAACUACGACACGCGACUGUGUGGGCUGUGCCCAUAUGCACAGAGUCGAGUGGACGGGGACCAUCGACAGUCGCAUGCGCAGUGCCCGACUGAUGCAACUGGUCGGCUGUUAUGUUGGGAUGAUAAACAUUGCCAGAAGGUUUGUCCAAAGAAAUGCGGUGACAGUGGGUGUCUAAGUAAUGGCACAUGUUGCCAUCCGUCCUGCCUAGGCGGUUGCACCGGGCCCACCUCCUGGGACUGCCACGCCUGCCGAAAUUUCUCCAUCGGGGAUGGUCCUGAAAGAAAAUGCGUUGAGAAAUGCCCCUCUGACCUUUAUGAGUUGUUCCACCGCUGCGUGUCGGAGUCUGCGUGCCGCGCCACGAAGCCGCCGACCAACGCGGAGGCCGAGCACCGCGGCGCCGCGCCGCACAUCCGCAAGUACAAGAUCUUCAACAACAGCUGCGUGUUCACCUGCCGCAGCGGGUACAUGGAGGUGGGCGAUGCUAACAACUUGACGUGCCAACAAUGUCCGGCGUCGGGCUGUGUGAAGGAGUGCGCGGGAGGCAAGAUCGACUCCGUGGCUGCGGCGGAGCAGUUCCAGGGCUGCACGCAUAUCAAGGGGAAACUAGAGAUCAAUAUCCGCGCCUCUGGUGGUAAUACUUUAGCAGUAUUAGAAAACUCAUUGGGCGACAUUCGAGAAAUAACUGGUACGUUACAAGUGGUGCGCGCGUUUCCACUAGUGUCGUUGAUGUUCCUCAAGAAACUGAAGAAAAUCACGGGAUACUGGGAACCAGGCACUAAAAAUCGUGGUCAAGUGAUACAUAUAUUCAACAACCCGAACCUUGAGUUGCUGUGGGACUGGCCGACCCAUGGCCCCAUCGACAUCGUGGGAGGCAGUCUCUACAUACAUCUGAACCCAAAGCUGUGCUACAGCAAUAUACUGCCGCUAAAGAACAUGACCAGGGACCCGCGCUCUAAUUUCACUGAAAUAGAAGUAUCGGAAUAUAACAACGGAGACCAGGGUUCCUGUUGGCCGGACAAGCUGCACGUGAAAGCGAGUCAGUUGUAUGACAAGGCAGUAGUGCUGUCAUGGAACAUGUACUGUCCUGAAGACAUGCGCAAGUUGCUCGGGUACUCCAUCUACUACAUCGCGACAGAUCUCAAUGUUACCCUCUAUGAACAGAGGGAUGUCUGCUCAGAUCGAUGGAAUGUUCUCGAUAUAACAGCAGACGAAGCGCGUAACUAUACCAGGGAUGCUCCUGCUGGCAAUCAAAAUUCAAACUAUCUGACGAGUCCGUGUCACGACAGGCAGCCCUUGUUCUGUCCAGUCUCCCAUCUGACUCCGUUUACAAGAUACGCAGCUUACGUUAAGACAUACACUACGACGCAGGAGAAGAAGGGCGCACAGAGUUCCAUUAUAUAUUUCGUCACUUUACCAGAACGGCCGAGUCCCCCGGUGGCGCUGUCGGUGGAGAUGGUGUCUCCGCACUCCGUGUUCAUCAGCUGGUCGCCGCCCACCAUGCCCAACGGCACCAUCAUACUCUACCACGUCGAGGUGCAAGCCAACAGCUACAACAAACCCAAGAUAUUGGCUGGAAACACUAAUUAUUGUUCCAAUCCGAGUCUACUGACAAACAUGAUCACAGCACAAUCGGAGGAACCUGCGGAAACACAGGAGACAAAGACUACCGGUGACGUCACGAAUGGCUCGUGUGCUUGCAAAGAGGAGGAUAAACCUAUCACUCGGUUCAAUUCCCGCGUAGAGGAAGAUCGCAGGGAGACUAUCGCGUUUGAGAAUCAACUGCAGAACACUGUCUACAUAAAGAAUGAUAAUAGACCGAAAGCGAAGAGAGUGAAGCGAUCCGUCGACCAUACCCUGAACAGUAUGCUUGUGAAGCUGACAAAAAACUUUGAGCCCCAGGUUGGACUGAACUACACGAACAGCACGGACGAGGAAGGCUACGUGAAGUCGUUAUACUUCGAGCUGGGCGGCAAGGUGCAGACGUUGAAGGUGACGAACAUGCGCCACUUCACGUGGUACACCGUCAGUAUCUGGGCCUGUCGCUCCAGGCACGAGAACGAGUCCGUCGCCGACUACAACGACAAGUGGUGCUCCAACCGAUCCUACAACACCUUCCGCACUCCAGAACGAGUGAACGCGGAUAUAGUGGAUAAUUUGCAAGCAGAGGUGGUCGUAUCGAACAAAACAUUGGGUGAAGUGAACGUCACGUGGAAACCGCCGAAAAAUCCCAACGGAUUUGUCGUAGCGUACUCCGUGUAUUACGCCCGUGUCGACGAUAGUUUAUCAUCGGCGCCGUCGGGGCUGCAGGGCUGCGUGACGGCGGACGAGUACGAGAGGAACGGGCACAGCUACACGCUGCGCAGCCUGGCGCCCGGCAACUACACCAUCGAGGUCACGCCCAUCACCGUCGCCGGCGCGGGGAACGUCUCCGCCGUGCACCCGCCCAUCUUCAUACCGGAGAGGACGGCGGAGAAUGCGUACGACUGGAUCUGGGGCGUGGUGGGCGGGUGCGUGAUGAUGGGCGUGUUGCUGGGCGGCGGCGUGUGGUACGCGCGGCGCGGCCUGCUGCCGUCGGCCGAGGCCAACAAGCUGUUCGCCAGCGUCAACCCGGAGUACGUGUCCACCAUGUACGUGCCCGACGAGUGGGAGGUGCCGCGCGCCUCCGUCGAGUUCAUACGGGAGCUGGGCCAGGGCUCCUUCGGAAUGGUUUACGAAGGUCUUGCCAAAGGUAUAGAAAAAGGAAAAGCGGAGACACGGUGUGCCGUUAAAACUGUCAAUGAGCAUGCCACGGAUAGGGAACGUCAAGAAUUCUUAAACGAGGCGUCGGUGAUGAAGGCCUUCGACACGUUCCACGUGGUGCGCCUGCUGGGCGUGGUCUCCCGCGGCCAGCCCACGCUCGUCAUCAUGGAGCUCAUGGAGUUCGGGGACCUCAAGACCUACCUGCGCUCACACCGACCCGAUGCAGAUUCAUCGCUCCCGCGCAAGGGUGGCAGUAAUCCUCCUACAUUGGAGAAUAUACUGCAGAUGGCUAUAGAAAUAGCCGAUGGUAUGGCUUACCUAUCGGCCAAAAAAUUCGUGCAUCGCGAUCUCGCGGCGCGCAACUGUAUGGUCGCCGGAGACCUCACCGUGAAGGUCGGGGACUUCGGUAUGACCAGAGACAUCUACGAGACUGAUUAUUAUAGGAAAGGCACCAAAGGCCUAUUGCCGGUGCGCUGGAUGAGUCCAGAGAGCCUCAAAGAUGGAGUGUUCUCGAGUAGUAGUGACGUGUGGAGUUACGGCGUCGUCUUAUGGGAGAUGGCGACGCUAGCCAUGCAGCCGUACCAGGGCCUGUCCAACGAGCAGGUGCUGCGCUACGUGGUGGAGGGCGGCGUCAUGGAGCGGCCCGAGCACUGCCCGGACCGCCUGUACGAGCUGAUGCGCGCGUGCUGGGCGCACCGCGCGCCGGCCCGCCCGUCCUUCCUGCAGCUCGUGGCCGACCUGGCGCCGUCCGCGCACGCGCACUUCCGCCAGCGGAGCUUCUUCCACACGCCGCAGGGACAGGAGAUGUACUCGCUGCAGCGCACCACCAUGGAGGACGAGGCGGAGCUGGCCGAGGUGAACGUGGGCGCCGUGGCCACGGGGUCGGGCUCCAACCUGUUCGGCGUGUCGGGGCGCCUGGCGUCGUGGGUGCGCGAGCUGUCGUCGCUGCGCUCGCGCGCCUCCGAGGACGCGGCCGCCGAGCCGCUGCAGCCGCUGCGCGCCGACCCCAAGGGGAACGGCGGCCCGCUGCCGCCCUGCUAGCCCCGCUUGCCGCGCUAGUCCCACUAGUCUCGCUAGCCGCGCUGGCCCCGCUAGCCGCGCUAGCCCCGCUAGCCGCGCUGGCCCCGCUAGCCGCGCUGGCCCCGCUAGCCGCGCUAGCCCCGCUAGCCGCGCUAGCCCCGCCGGACUGCGCUAGCCCCGCUAGCAGCGUGGCCCCGCCGGACUGUGCUACGUGGCGGGGCACGCCCGCAUUUAUUACGAUAUCGUGCGCCCGACGGACGGACGCUCGAGUUUUGUUGUUUUUCAAGAGCGCGACGCGAGAGGGCGAUGCGUUUGUUUUCGUGUGACGAUUCGUUUUCAUAUCAGGAAAGUAAUAUUUUUGCUGAGACGAUAUUAAGUGAGUCGAUAUGUCUCGACGUGAAUCCUAUAUAGUUUACCUCGACGUUAUUAUAUAGUUAUAGAUCAAUGUCACUUUUGACAUAGCCUAUUAAUGUUAAGUUUACCGUUUAAGAUGUAAAGCGUGUAUAGUUUUAUGUAGGCGAGAUCGUGUACAAAUUAUUUUUAUUAUUAUUAAUUUCUUGACGUAUAGUUCGGUACCUUGCUACUGUUUCAAAGUGAAUAAGUAACAGGUGUCAAAUUCGUUGAAGUUGUUAUGUUGUUGUGUCAAGUACUUUUAUUACAAAGUACUUGCGAAAUGAAUUUGUCACUUGUCCUAAUCAAUACAAGUUGCAUCUGCUUAUAAUACUCAACUGUUGGAUUUGCCGCUUUAGAUAUCAGCUAUUUUUCUACUUGUAUAAAGUAUAAUUUGAAAUAUUGAAUUAAAAUAAAAUUAACCACCAAAGAUUUGGAAAGUAAACGUCUAAAUUUACAAGUCUUUUAUGCUGUUACUUAUUGUAGCUGUGUUAUCAAUGUUUGCAAAGAUAAUUAUAUAAUUGUAUUAGAGUAAUUAUACAGGGUCGUUUCAAAUUAGUUGUAACUGGUUUUAGUAGGAACGUGAAGCAACACCCACAGUUUAGUCAUAAUGCGUAAGUUAACGAGAAAAGACGAAAAACGUGUUACUUAGUGUUGCCGGCCAUACGUAUCGAUAUAUGUGUAACAUGCAGACUGCACGAGGGCUCGCAGCUCGUGCACUUUGCACACCGAGUACUUACUAGUGCCAGUUAAGUGACAACGUUGAAUUUAAAUGACUAUAUACCGCAACAUUUGUUUAACAACAUGUUAUUGUGUACGUGAAUAUAAAUGUAGGUCGUAAUCAUGUUACAGUUAUUCUCAAAUACAAGUUACGCCGAUAACAAUGUGUUCCCCAUCGACGACUUAAAUGCAAUAGACAAUACCUGCCACUAUUGUUAAAUAGUUAUAUUACUAGACUGCAUACUAUUAUUGUUUAACUACGAGUAAAUGUUAUGUAACCAAAGUAUGAGUGCAACUGACAGAGUGCCUAUAUUUACAGUGGUUCAUCGCUUGUAUUUAAUGGGUUGCAGGACUUUGAUACUAUCUCAAAACUAAACAUGAUCGAGACGAUUAUAAGUGAUCUUACUAGUAAGUAAGCACCGAUAAUGUACAUCCUUAUCAGUAUAAAAGUUGUUUUUUUAAGAACUCAACCAUUUCAAUAUUACGUUGUCUGUCAUCUUCUGAACUAUCCAGUUCCAUACUCAUUUCUUCUCAAUUGAUUUCGUCACAAGUUUUUAAAUAAUGGUUAUGUAUUUCGAUGACAAAUACGUUACUACGUUAUUUGGGUAAAAAACUAGAAUAUAUUAAUGUACAUUUCAAAGUUAUUCUGAUAGCUAAUUCUGCCAUAGAAGAAAUUUAUAACAAAAAUACGCCUAAUAUAAUUAAAAAAAAUAUAUAACAUAUUAGGCAUAAUAUUAUAUAUUUGUUAUUUAUUUGAUGAGUUUUUAUAAAUAACUGAAAUUCUCUGCGCGUCUCUCAGUAAUUCUUUAGAACAAGUGAUGAUCUACUGUAGGAAACAAAUAGGUGGAGUGUGGCAUAAUAAACACAAGCGUUGCGUGGGCCAAGGUAUGGAGCAGGAUACGGAGCCCACAAUAAAAACUGAUGCUCAUUAUGAAUUUGAUCCAAGUACAUAAGUACAUGUAUACUUUCUAUAUUAUCUUAUAUGCCGGUCAUGUGUGCUAGCCUUUAUAACAUGCAGAGCCAAUCAGUGAACCAUCUCCAUAUAUUGUUACAAUGUAUUCUAGUAUCUCAUCAUAGAUAAUAACUUAAUAAGUUACUGAAAUAGCAUAUUUAUAAAAUGCGAAUAUAUUUAUGUCUAUAAGGUUGAUAAGUAAAGAAAUGUUUAAAUGAGAACAUGCUUAAAGUCCAACUUUUAUUGUGUUCAUAUAUUGUUCCAUUUGUAUAGUUACAGUUUUGUACUUUAGUCCACUGCAAUAUAUCUGUAGUAACACAACGUAAUAGCUAGGUAUAUUAUAACUAUGUAGUUCCUUUUUAUUAUUUUUGUUCACGUUUAUUGUGCAGUGAUUUUUGGCAGCAAGUUUGUAGAUAUUAUUGACUUUUUUAAUUUAAUUAAUGACAUGCCUAGAAAUAGAUAAGGUCGUGGGGUGAAUUUAUGAUGGUUUGAAUAUGAAUUUACAAUUACAUUUGAUUUACAUUUAAUUUUGUAUGUUAUACAACUACAUUGAUAGCAAGUUUCUAGUUAAAUGUAACUAGGAAAAUGUUAGCUACAUAAUUGUAAUUAACUGUAAUAAAAUAUAAUUAUAUUAAUAUACAAUCAACCAAAGGUAAACUCCAAUAAUGUACACCAGCAGUGGACGCCAGACCCCAGCAGUGAGUGCGGCCGGGGUCCGAGGUCCGCUCUAGUAAAUAACAACUGUUACGAUAAUGUGGUUUAAGGGUUUAAACGAGUGCCUUCAGACAUCCAGCCUUUAUUGCAUGCAGGUUUGUUGAUUGUGUGAGGUGGACACAUACUGCAUGCAUUCAUUACUCUCUAUUUCUUUUAUAUACACGUGUUCGUUUGACAAGUAACGCUAGAAUGUCGAGUAUACAAUUGUUUUCAUUUUAACACAAUCAAGAAACUGUGCCACGGAAAUCAAUUCAGCUCGGUUGGCUAUGUAUAUGGGCGAUGUGUUACGAAUGGCUUACCGAUAGUAUUUUAUCUAAGUCGUUGACCACCUUUAUUUGUGAAUUUAGUAAUAAAUCAGGUAAAAAGUAAUGUAAGUAAUACGUCGGUUGAGAGGGGAAAGGAAUGUGACCAGGGCAGACUGGGACUAGUACGUGAUCGUACACGUUUGUGUUGUUGGGGGCACAAGGCACGUUGCAACACUGAUUCAACCAUUUUAGUAGAAUUGAAACAAUCUUCGUUAAAACCCAAAUAUUAUUUUAUGUGUAAAAUUUGCAUAGUGCCUUUUGCUCAAUUAUGAGGAAUGUCGUAGGUAGGUAUCGUUAAGUGUAACCUAAAUAUAUUAGAACUAUAACUUAGUUCCAUUUUACUAUCGCGAAUAUGCCAGUGCAGUGAAAUAAAAGAAAGCCCCACCAAACCAGUAGCACUGCACCGGCGUAUUGGCGAACAGUACGUUCAUACGUUGCCGAGUGACCGCGACCGCGGCGAGGUCUCGCACAACGUUGCCUCACACAGCGUUCCCUGCGGCCUGUGCCUACUGUCGACCUUUGUUACUUACGCUCUUGUUUUUAUCAGUAUUUGUUUCAUUGUGAUUAUCACUACAAGGCAGUUACAUUACCUCAUUUUUAGUGAUUAUAUUAUGCAUAAAUUAUUGACUGAUAAAGUAAUUUCCAAAUGAUUUAUUUCCUUGUGUGAAUUGUGUAUGUUUUGUAUAAGUGUCGGGGUAGCGUUGUGCUAUAUGCUCAAUUUAGAUACAAUUUCACCAAACGAUUGAGAUAGUGUACAAUUUUAUAUAAUUAAUUUAAUAAAACCGAGUACCUAUUAAUAAUUUUAAUAUUUAUAUUAAUAAAAAAGUUAUAAAAAAUAAGUAAAA